AUUACGAUUUAUAUAUAUUUCUCGCGGAGAAAUUAAUUUUCCGUAUCAUCGAUUUUUAUAUACAUCAUCAUCGAAAUAGAUAGCAUGCUUUGUACAAACAAAUUUCAUCGAUAUCAAAUAUCCAUAUAUUCUUAUAAAACCGUUUUUCCGAAACAUGUAUAUGCUCUACGAUCUAAUUCUUUUACCGACAUUCUUAUUACCGACCGAGAGAUGUUGAGUAAUUUGCAUGCCAGAAAUCUGUCUUGUGAAAAACACGUACGAGAGAGAGAAAUUUUUCUAGAAAAAAAAAAAAAAACUAGCACGAUUCAUCACGAGAGGAGAAGGAAUUAGCAGUUUCAAUAGCAUGGCUCAAUUUUGGAAGAUGCUGAAGGAUUUGGAGGACGGGCCACCGUUUUUGUGUCCGAAAUGCGGUCGUACUUAUUCCCACAAGUGCAACUUAACGAGACAUUUACGGUUGGAAUGCGGUGUCGGGCCAAGAUUUCAAUGCGCCUGGUGCAAGAAACGAUUCAAGCAUCGACAUCAUCUGAGGGACCAUCAGAGAAUCCAUCUUUAUUCGAAUUGCACGUUUGAAUUGCGAAAUUGAGAUACUUUCUCCUUCUCUUUCAUCAAUUAUUUAUACAUAUAUAUAUAUAUUUUUUUUAUAUAUUUUUGUUCAAUUCGUUCAU